GCAAAAUCCGGAUGUGACGAUUGACCCUCAGAUGUUUUGGUGAUUUGCAACUUGUUCGCGAGAAUCAAGUUGAUUCAAGUUGAAAAAAAUUCCUGCUCCACUGAGAACGUCCAGUCGUCACAAUGGGUGAGAGGAAAGGAACAAACAAGUACUACCCUCCGGAUUUCGAUCCAGCCAAGCAUGGGUCUCUCAAUGGCUAUCACAAAACCCACGCUCUUCGAGAAAGAGCCAGGAAGCUGUCCCAGGGCAUCCUCAUCAUAAGGUUUGAGAUGCCCUACAACAUCUGGUGUGAUGGCUGCAAGAACCACAUCGGGAUGGGGGUUCGGUACAACGCAGAGAAGAAGAAAGUGGGGAACUAUUACACCACUCCAAUCUACAGGUUCAGGAUGAAGUGCCAUCUGUGCGUGAACUACAUCGAGAUGCAGACAGACCCCCAGAACUGUGACUAUGUGAUCGUGAGCGGGGCCCAAAGAAAAGAGGAGAGAUGGGACAUGGAGGAGAAUGAGCAGAUCCUCACCACUGAGCACUCGGAGAAAGAGAAGUUGGAGACAGACGCCAUGUUUAAACUGGACCACGGUGGUAAAGACAAAGAGAAACUGAAGAGGGCGCUCCCAUCUCUGUCUGAGAUCCAAGACCUGCAGGCUGGUUGGAAGGACGACUUUCAGCUCAACAGUUCUCUCCGCAAGAAAUUCAGGACAGAGAAGAAGGUUUUAGCUGAGCAGGAAGAGAAAGACAACGCGGUGAGAGCCAGAACUAACCUGUCCAUCCCUCUGCUCCCCGAGAGAGAAGAGGACAAGAGACUGGCCACUCUGCUCACCUAUGCUACCCCAGACUCAUUUGAUGGCAAACAGCAGAGCAAACGUCAAGCGAUCUCCAGCCGCUCGUGGUUCAGCUCCUCAUCCUCGACUGCAGGAGGCGCUGCUCAAAGUCUACUUCACAGGUUGGGUCAGCAGGGCAAAGAGGCAGCGGUGGUCAAAGCCCUGGGACCAUCUCAUGGAGCAUUCAUCCGAAAAAGAACCACAACCACCACAGAUGUAACCAUGGCAUCCACCAUGGAUGAACCAUCUCAUGGAGUGCUCAUCCGAAAACAAACUGCAACAACCAAAAAUGCAACUACAGCAACAAACACAACCACAGAAGGACAAUCUCAUGGAGUGUUAAUCCAAAAACAAACCGCCACAGACUUAACCACGGCAACAACCAUGAACAAACCUGAACAUGUAACCAUGGUGACAGUAACAAGGGAAGCUGCAGACUGUGAGUGUAGAGGAGGAACAGGGGAGGAGAAACAAAAUGGACACUUGAAUAUUAUGGAUAGAAAUCGUACGUCUCUUGUUGCAGAUUACAGUGAGUCGGACUCAGAUGGUGCGCAGUGAAAUAUUGAUACCACUUUAUAAUGAUUACACCUUAAUUACUGGCUCUGUGCACAAUGGUAGUUGGCUGCUUCCAGUCAGAAGGAGGUUCUGUCUGGCCAUUUCCACUGUAAUGAAAUCCUUAUGAUGUUUCUGUCUAAAAUUAAUAAAUCCUUGCUGGAUGGGUGUCUGCAAGAUAUGUCUUUGUGUGUCAGUGUUAAUGCUAAUUUUGGAGCCUAAUAAAUGUUAAAAUAAAGACAGGAUUAAUCUACACCUACAAAUAAUCGGGUCGUCUUUACCAUACAUUAAUUGUGUUGUGUUAGAUUUAAGGUAGCAUUUGCAUUGAGACACAAAAACAUACCUUUCUAAAAGCAGAAGUAUUCUUCAGUGAAGUUUUCCUCGCAUUUAAAACCACCCACAGCUCCCUGUCCACUGCCUGACCCUAACCUUAACCCGAUAACCCAAACCAGAAUUGUUUAUUUUAUUUUAAAAAUUUUACUUGCAUUAGGCUUUAUGAGACAGCACAGUAGCACAACAGUCACUGUCAUGUUUAGAUGUUUGAUCUUCAACAAAAAAAAAAUUAAAAAAAUCAUCUCACCUGUCGUGGUUCCAGCUAUUCCAGUUGUAUCUGGAAGGUGCACUGUCGGCAACUUUUUUGAUAGAGAUUCUAUCCCUGUUUGUCUCCAUGAAGAUAUUAUUGUUUUGCCCAAAAUGUUCCACAGUAUAACAAUUAACAUCCAUUUCCAUGGAGACAAGCAAGUGACACUACUAGGCCAAGUUACAGGUCAGAUCUGUAGAGAGGUGAGCCUGCUCACAGUAAGGAUGCAUUAUUUUAAGGUAUUUUAGAGCUAUGAGUAUACCUGUGAUCGAAGAAAUGCAAGAUGGAUCAGUUUGAUGCAAUAUUGUGGUGAGACAAUAAAAUCAAUGGGGAGAUUGCAUAGUGCAUCUUGACUAUUUUCAAGUUUUGGUUUAAUUUGAUAUAAUUUUGUUAUGGUCAUUCUAUUAGAUUAUUUAUUUUACAGCUUGUGGAAAAUAGUUUGUGUUUCACUGUAACUGUGGGAAUCCCUCAUGUAAGAGUUACUGAAACAGUUGACCUUUGGUCCUAAAAACAUCAAUAAUAAGGCAUAGAAAAACAAAUAGAAACUAAACCAGGAUCCAGAUCAGAGACCAGACCUAUAACUAGAUCAGGGACUAGACCAGGACUAGAUCAGAAAUCAGAGACCAGACCACAAACCAUAGGACUAGAUUAGAAACCAAACUUGACCAGGAGCUAUCCAUACCUGAGACCAGAGGCUAGACCACAGUUCAAACCAUACACCAAACCAGGACUAGACCGGGUAUUAGACCAGGGUCUAGUUCGGGGACUGGCCCAUGGACCAAACCAGGGACAAUCUAGACUAGAACCCAGACUAGAUUAAUUCAAUUCAAUUUGUUUUUGUAAAGCCCAGAGUCCAGAGUUACACCAAAAUCCUAACCCGAGAUCGGAGUCCAAAUGAGACCAGAGACCAGGCCAAAGUCUAGAUCAAGGACUAGACAAGAUUUUUGACUAGAUACAAUCCCAGACUGGGUCAGGAUCUAUGUCACGGACCAGGAUCCAGUCCUGAAUUGAGACCUGGUCCUAGUCUAGAGCCAGUCCAGACUUCACUUCUAGAUACCAGACCGUAGAGGAUUGUCUGAUUAUCAAGAUCAAUUUACAUUCCAGAGUCCAGAACAGAUCAAGAAAGUGUCCAGAAUCUUAACCCAAGACCAAAAUCCACAUUGGAGUUCGGACAAGACUAGAGACUGGGAUUCGGCCAGGGCAGGACGAGGGCAGGACUAUAUGGGAUAGACUAUAGUCCAAAUUCAGCUCCAAACCAUGGCUUAUAGUCACACCAAAGUUCACAUAGGAAUCCUAUGGUAGGACUAUGGGAAAGCCCAUAGACCAGACACAACUAGAGUCACAAUUGAAAGCCCAGACCACUGCCAAAAGCUAGAUCAGAGUCUAAUUUGGGGUCCAAACAAGACCUAACCCACAAUGGACCUGGGCGGGACUUGGCAGCACUAGGGAAUAGACCAGAGUUCAGCCCUAUCUAGAGUCACAAACCAGAGACCGUAAUACAGUG